AUGGGUGUUGGUAACCGAAUGAAGAAACAGGGUAUGCCUAUGUCUCUUGCAGAGCUGGGUAUUGAUCGGAAGAGGAAGAGCGAAAAGCCACAGAGAAGCUCUUCGGCGAAGAAAAGAAGGACGUCAGACGAAGAGCCUGAACCAACAAAAUUGGUCAAACUCGACAGAGCUUUGCGACAAGAGCGAGAAGCAAAACUGGUAACGAAACAGCGAAAACAGAAGCAGAGACUUGUCAAUCCAGAUGCGCAGAUCACAGUUCCACCAGUAUUUCCUACGACAACCGAGGACGAUGUCGAAGAUGAGGCAGAUGACAUUGAAGAGAUGAUUGUGGAUGAGGAUGACCCAGAGAUUAGAGAAGCAAGCCUCUCAGAAGAUCAAUUGGAAGAGCUGGCGCAGGCUGAAGAGGCAGAGGAAAGUGAUUCAGUCUUUAAUACAGAUGAGGAAGAACAACAGCCGAAAGGCAUGUUCUCCGAAGAUGAAGAUUCGGACGCACUCGAGACACUGAACGCUGCCAAUAUAGAAGGUCUUUCUCGCAAGUUGGACCAAGAGCAAGCACAAGUCGAAGCAGAGGCAGAACAAGAGUUGCAAGACGACGCCUUACAGACAAAUAUUGCAGAAGACGGCCUGCUUGAUGACGAAGACCAGAUGAACAUGCUUGCCCCCGACCUCAAGCUUAUACAUUCUCGAAUUACGGAGACAGUACGUGUGCUCACAAACUUCAGCAAAACAGCAGACAAGACAAGAUCGCGUGCCGAAUAUACGCAGCAGCUACUCAAGGAUAUUUGCAUAUACUACGGUUACACGCCUUAUCUUGCAGAAAAGCUCUUCGAUCUCUUCAGCCCGGACGAAGCCUUUGCAUUCUUCGAAGCCAAUGAAACGCCACGUCCGGUAGUGAUACGAACGAAUACUCUGCGAACCAACCGUCGAACCUUAGCUCAAGCUCUCAUCAAUCGUGGCGUUCAGCUUCAACCAGUGGGGAAAUGGUCAAAAGUCGGACUUCAGAUUUUCGAAUCUACUGUCCCCUUAGGUGCUACACCGGAAUAUCUAGCAGGACACUAUAUUCUACAAGCCGCUUCCUCUUUCCUUCCGGUCAUGGCUCUCGCACCACAAGAGAACGAGCGCAUCCUCGAUAUGGCAGCUGCGCCAGGUGGAAAGACAACGUACAUCAGUGCCCUGAUGCGGAAUACUGGCUCAGUCUUCGCCAACGAUGCGAACAGAGCUCGAGCAAAAGGUCUCAUUGGUAAUAUACACAGACUCGGGUGUAAGAAUGUGAUAGUCUGCAACUACGAAGCCCAGAAAGCUUUUCCGAAAAUCCUGGCAGGUUUCGACCGAAUUCUCCUUGAUGCACCAUGUUCAGGAACUGGCGUUAUUGGCAAGGAUCCUAGUGUCAAAACAUCGAAGAAUGAGCGUGAUUUUUUGGCGCUUCCACAUAUGCAGAAACAGCUGUUACUCUCAGCAAUUGACUCAGUCGAUCAUCACAGCAAGACUGGUGGCUACAUUGUCUACUCGACAUGCAGUGUUACAGUGGAGGAGAAUGAGCAAGUCGUGCAAUACGUAUUGCGCAAGCGACCGAAUGUACACAUCGUCGAUACAGGUCUCGGAAGUUUCGGCACUCCAGGAUUUACAGCAUAUCAAGGCAAGAGAUUCGAUGAUAAAAUGAACUUAACACGACGGUACUUCCCACAUCGAGAGAAUGUGGAUGGUUUCUUCGUCUGUAAACUGAAGAAGACUGGUCCUUCCCCAACGGGUGCUGCCGCAGCAGGUCAGAUAAAUGGUACAGCAGAAGCGGAUAGCGUCAAGCUCCCGAUCGUCAACGGCAAGAAAGCUACUACGUCGACCAAUGGCAAAGCAACAUCUGAUGAAGAUGCCAUGGAGGUUGCACCAGAUGAUGAGUUUGGUGGGUUUGAUGAUGAGGCAGAUCAGGCUCUCAUAGACAAGGCGCAAAAGAAGUGGUUGAAGGCGCGAGGACUCGAUCCUAAUAUGGCGGAUGGCAAGAGCAAGAGCAAGUCUGCUACACAACCGGAGGUCAAUGGCAAAGUGAGCGAGGUCAAGGCUCAAGUUGUCUCUGCUGGCAAAGAAACGCAAAAGCUGAGCAAGGUCAAAUCGAAGCAGAAGCAGAAAAAGUAG